UCGGGCUCCAGUUGGCUGCUCGGGGCAAGGCUCGACUCUUCCGUGCACUGAUAGCAGCCCCUCGUGAACAAUGGGGUCGUGGGGCCCUUCCCAGCAGGAAAAAGGCUCAUUCCGGUGAAAUCUCCUGCUGCUGCUGAGUCAGCAGGUCCUGCCGGGCCGGGUGUGGUGUGGAGGGUCCGGGGGAACCGUCCUGGUGCAGCGGGAGCCAGCAGGAGAGAUGGACACCUUCAGCACCAAGAACUUGGCCCUGCAGGCCCAGAAGAAGCUCCUGAGCAAAAUGGCCACCAAGACCAUCGCCAACGCCUUCAUCGACGACACCAGCAGCGAGAUCCUGGACGAGCUGUACCGGGCCACCAAGGAAUACACCCACAACCGCAAAGAGGCGCAGAAAAUCAUCAAAAACCUCAUCAAGAUCGUGAUGAAGCUGGGGGUUCUCUACCGCAACGGGCAGUUCAGCCCCGAGGAGCUGCUUGUCAUGGAGAGGUUCCGUAAGAAAGUUCACACCCUGGCCAUGACGGCCGUCAGCUUCCACCAGAUUGACUUCACCUUCGACCGCAGGGUCAUGGCCAGCGUGCUGACCGAGUGCCGGGACCUGCUGCACCAGGCUGUCAACGGGCACCUGACGGCCAAGUCCCACUCGCGCAUCAACCACGUCUUCAACCACUUUGCGGACUACGAGUUCCUGUCGGCGCUGUACGGCCCGGCCGAGCCCUACCGCACCCACCUCAAGAGGAUCUGCGAGGGGGUCAAUAAGAUGCUGGAGGAGGAAAACAUCUAAGGGUGGCCCAGAGGGGCUCGGGCAGCUGGACUCUGCCUCCUGUGAGGCCGAGGGUGUGAUGUCUGCUUUGAGCUUUUCACCGGGCUCGCCGUUCCCUCCUCCCCCUCUGCAGUGCUCACUUGUGUUCUCCUCAUUUCUCCGAGAGACUGAACCUCCUGACUUUGUCUCCCCGCCCUGCCCAGGGUCUGCAAACCCCUCCCUGUGCUCACCAGGGGAUCCUGGGCCCCUCUGUACAGUUUGAUUUCCUUUGCCCACCAAGUGCCUUUAGCUCAGAGUCCAAGGGUUUGGACUGUGCCUUGAACUCUGUUGUAACCUCUGGCGGGAAACUGAACCAAAGACUCGUGGUGUGAAGCACCUCUGAGGUGUCUCUGAGCAGCUGGGAUGUUGUUGGGGUGGAAGUUCUGAGACUCCCUAACUGGAGCAUUGUGGAACUCCGUGGAUUUCUCCCAGCGGCUCCACAACGUGGUGGGAGCAAAUCACGGUCCAGACUUGUGCUGCCUCAGGCAGGAAUCUGCUGCUGCGUGGGCUUUAGCGUCCAAAGACAAGUCCUGAGACCAGGAGGAUCCCUCCUCACCUGGAGGAGGCUGGGAGGGAGCUGGGGGGGAGCUGCUCCUACCCUGGAUCCC